AUGGCCGCUUCGGUUGCGGACCACCUCAUGAUAUAUGGGCAGAGCUUCGCCGAGACCUUCCUCGUCCCUCCCGGCGUCGACGAGGAGGAAGCUGCUACGGCUACGGAGGAGACGUCAUUCAGGGUGAUCUGGGUGGUGCUGCUCCAAGCUAAGCAGAUGGCCCUUAUCUUCUCUUCCCGCACAGGGCAAUGGCGAGCCCUGACUCGGAGCGAGUCGUUACCUCUACCGGAUUUCACAUGGAUGGCUUGCUUCAGGUCGCGCCAUUACGCCCAUGGCUGCUUCUACUGGAUUUCAGGUGAAAAAUUGCUGGUGCUUGACAUUCAGAGGAUGGAGUUCUCCAUGGCUGACCACCCACCCUGUGCCAGAGCUCCGAGCGAUGAUGUGGCCAUUGCGGAGGCAGGCCAAGGCACGAUUCGGAUGUUUGUGCCUACACCCAACACAGCUCGCCGUAGUUUUACGGUUUGGCGAAACAAUGGUGGGAUUUCCACCCAGUGGCAGUGGCAGAUGGAGAAUGAAACAAUCUUGCUGCCUUCUGGGUCCUUGCUCACGGGUGCAGUGGGGAGGCACUUGCUCCUAUAUCAUGUGGGAAGCUCGUCAAUCAGGCGAGGUUGUUACACGCGAGGCGUCGACACAUUCCAGUUUGAGAGGCCACACCCCAUGCUGACGUCCGAGGAGAGGGGGGAGCUGUGCAGGUGCCUGAACCACAAGAAGUCGACGCUGGAGGCAUGGAAGGGUCCGUCCUCUCAGUGGCUGCCGAAGCUCCAAACCCCAAUGACGAAGCAGAGGCGGGUUGUGGUGGGCGAGGAGGAGGCGCUGGGGCUGGUGCAGGGGCUGAACCUCCGGAGGGUGCAGGGGCGGGUGGCGUAG